AUGGCUGUUGUUGCUGCCGAUGAUGAUAACAGCGAGGAGAUGUCUCAAAUUCAUGAAGAGCCAUUUCCAAUACCACGUUUGAUGAAAAUACCAAAUCCUAACCCAGCCUUAGUUCCAAAAUACUCAGCCUUAACUGAAGAUUUCAAUUAUGAUCUAUUUCAACUUUAUUUCAGUCUUGUAAAUUAUCACGUGAAAUCAUAUGAUCUCAACCCAAAUCAAGAAUUCUCACCAGCUUUAGAAACAUUUUGCACAGCAUUCGAUAACGAAGGUGACAACGAAGACGGUGAAGGUGAAGGCAAAAAGAAGCUUGAUCCGAAGAAGUUAGCAGAGCCAGAAUGUGUUAUCGGUCGCAAUCUUAUAGUUAGAAAGUUCCUUCUUGAAUGUCAGAAAAAAUUCUUCGAAUUAACAACAACCCCUUCGCUUACAAAGAUUGCUGUCCUUCAUAACGAGCUAUUUUACGCAUCAGAAGUUCUUAGACAGCAUAACCCAGAUCCAGAAAUGAUGAACUUCUGCGAUAUGCUUAUGGCCGAUACGUUCGAUCUCUACAACGCAGUUAUUAGUGACAUUAUCAAUAACCAGUACUGGGGUGCAGGGAAAUCUGUUGAAGAAUUAAUAAGUGAUCUUCUAAAGAAAGAAAUUCUUACAAUCAGAAACUUGAACAGAGAAACAUUCCAAAGAAUGUCAACCUGCGCAAUUCAGCGUGCAUUAGAUAAAGCUCCCCCAGCCCAAGCAGGAAAAAUUAAGGGUUGGGCAAAGGAUAAUGAUAUUACAAUCGACUCAGAUGGCAAAUAA